UAUCUGAGCACUUAGCUAGCUCCAUUAAUAGUAUUUUGUGUCCCAUUAGUCAGUAAAUGUGUCACACCUGCAAAGAGGGGAUUAUAAUCCGUGCAGCAGCCAUGUGCAGCGCCUAUAAAAUCCCCCUCUGGCUAAUGCACCACAUGCGAACAGAGAAAACACAGAGUUUCUAAUGGACGCGAGCAGCAAAGCGGUGGUGCAGGUGUUGUUGUUGGCGUUGGUGGUUCAGGUCACCCUGUGCCAGCACUGGUCCUAUGGAUGGCUACCAGGUGGAAAAAGAAGUGUGGGAGAGCUCGAGGCGACCAUCAGGAUGAUGGGCACAGGAGGAGUGAUGUCUCUUCCUGAAGAUGCAAGUGCCCAGACCCAAGAGAGACUUAGACAAUACAAUCUAAUUAACGACGGUUCCAGUUACUUUGACCGGAAAAAGCGGUUUUUGAAUCAGUGAAGAAGACGCCUUGACUUGAUGGAUCGCCUAAACUGACGAUUAAAUAAAAGAAUCACAUUGAAAGUUGUAAUAAACAUUUAAUUCCUGAAAUAUUCUCUUAUUAAAUAAGUUUGCUUGGUACA